UUCAACCAUUUUCGACAUCCAGGUUUGGCUGAUAGUGAAGAGUCACCUGUAACAGAGAUAUUCCGGUCGUGCGUCGCUUCCAGUCAAACUGCUUGGUGUACAUUCACACAAGAAAAGCACGAUGACAAAAUACAUCUACCUGAACAAAAAGGGAAAACUGCCCAACUCAACGCAAGAAGAAACCAGUGUGUCACAGGAACUAAAGUUAGGAGAAACCGGACCACAUUCACGACUUAUCAGCUGCACGAACUGGAACGCGCUUUCGAAUACAGUCACUAUCCUGAUGUGUUGUUUCGUGAGGAGCUUGCACAAAAAAUCCGACUACCAGAAGUUCGGGUUCAAGUGAGUCACACUUUGGUACAAAGCCUCAUAAUGUGUUUAAAGAAAGCAAAGUGGCGGAGGCAGGAGAAACAAGAAGAUGCGGAGCAUUUCAGACAUCUGGAAGAAGUAUUUCCAAAGAGGCGAUACACCGCACGUGGUUUGCUUCCCUCACUCCGAUCAAUACAGACUACUUUCUCGGAAUCAGAUCGUUCUAGCAUGUUGCAGUUCAAUACGUUGAUUCCAUUCUUUACUGAAGGCUAUCAGAAUAUGGAAUAUCUACGAACACCUGAGAACUCACGUGCAAAAUGGCAAGCCAUGGAAUCUUGGAAGAAGGAUGAAGUCCAUGGGAUGUCCAUGGAAGAACGGGCAAACUCCUUUGUAGAUGGCCCGAAUGAAAAUCAGCUGGACGCAUUUCUAAAUCUGUGCACCCUCCCUUAA